AUGGUGGAUAAUUUGGAAAAGGGUGUGGAAACCUUACAGAAAUUUGAGAAAGGCUACGGAAAUGGUCGACAAUUUGGAAUAGAGUGCGAAAAACCUUGCAAAAAUUUGAGAAAGGCUAUGCAAAUGGUGGAUAAUUUGGAAAGGGCAGUUUCUGAAAAGGUACGACAAUUACCGAAAGGGUACGAGAAAUUGCAGAAAGGGUGGGACAAGCAUUGCGGGCACUUGGAAGGUGCAGGAAUUGCUGAACGGGUGCGGCAACAGGGUGAUAGAGAUUAUAAUAGUGUGAAAAUGUGUGAUGAUGUUGUUGAUGAUGCAGGGGUUAGUACGUCAGUGAUAGCACCUGAAAGUUUAGUUGGUUGCAAUCCAUUUUUUGGUGUUCCAAAACCCUACAGAGAUGUUGAAAAUGAAGGAAUUGUAGUUCAUACUGUUGCACCAUCAGGCGGAUGCUCUAUUAGAGCAUUCCGUGAGUAUUGUCGUCCUGUUAUUUGUAUUGAUGGAACAUUUUUGAAAGGUCGAUAUUGGUGUACACUUUUUAUUGUUGUGGGCAAGGACGGAAACAAUCAAAUUUAUCUAAUUGCAUUCAGAGUUGGCGAAAGGGAGGAAAUGAUGACUUGGACCUUGUUUCUCCGAGCGUUACACAAAUGUAUUGGCGAUCUCACUAAUCUAGCAAUCAUCUCAAACAGACACCAAGCCAUCACUCGUUUUGUGAGAGAGGUGUUUCCAAAUGUACAUCAUGGCUGGUGUAACCAUCAUAUAAAAGGAAAUAUGCGUGCUCGGUAUAAGCAAACAAAACAUAUAGAGAGAUUAUUUUGGAGAGUGGCGAAGGCUUAUCGAACAGAGGAUUUUGAGGAGGCUUUGCAUAUGAUUAAAGCUGAAAACCCCCCUGCAGCUGCUUAUUUGGAAGGGAUCGACUACGCACGGUGGGUUGUGCUUACUUUUCUAGCAUCCGAUAUAACAUUAUGA